AUGGCCGCUGCGCCAGGGACGAAUAAACUGAAGCUGCUCUACUUUCUUCUCCUGCUCGUUGCUGCUCUUAUGGCUUUUAUUGCAGAAGCUGGCGUUUCAGCUGCUCGGACACUCUCGCCGCCGUCGACGACCUUCCCGGCGGCGACGGAUCAACCGGCGGUGUCCCGCGCCCGGACCGGGAGAUCGUCGUCGUCGUCAUCAGAAGAAGCACCAGCACCAGGCGGCGGGAUCAGCCGGGCGCCGCCGCCGGCGGCGGAGAGGAGGACGCUGAUCGGGUCGAAGGCUCCGACGUGCACCUACAACGAGUGCCGGGGUUGCCGGCGGCGGUGCAGCGUGCAGGAGGUCCCCGUCGAUGCCAACGACCCCAUGAACAGCGCCUACCACUACAGAUGCAUCUGCCACUUCUAG